AUGUGGGCCUACAUCGUAGCGGCGGCGCGAGGAGACCUACGCCAGACAGUGAGCAAGCGUAGCUCCGUGCCCAAAUCCAACGACUACACGUACUCCUACCGCGAUGGGAAGAUUUUCACUCUGCCGAGUUCCGGAGUACCACAGCCUGGUCCCUCUGGGGUAAGCGAGAUGACCAAGAGCCCCCAGUAUCCCUGCGCAAAAAAACCCAUAACGACGAGCGCACUAAACCCCCUGCACAUGCAGCCUAAUUGCAAGAACCAACUCGAGGAUGGGAUCGAGCCCUUUGAUGAAGCCGUGAGUGAAGUUGAUCCGAGAUCGAACUGGAUCCAGAGGCAGCUGUCGCGGCUGACUCGGAACCUUCGCUGCCGGAUCAGCGGGGAAGGUCACGCCAAGCCCCCGGACUGGUUCCUCGAUAAGUUCGCAGCGCAGACCUUCACCGACCCGGAGGAGCCCUUGUAUCAAGCAAAGAGAUCGAAGUUACUCUGUGGACUGCGGCUCGCGUUCGAUCCGACGCUACCGACUCAUUACCAUUGGCUGGCAGUGGUGUCCCUGGCUAUCCUGUAUAAUGUUGUAUUUGUGAUUGGACGAGCGGUUUUCUGGGAACUAGAUAAUCUAACAGUGAUAUGGUUCGUCCUCGACUAUAUCUGCGACUUCAUUUACCUCAUCGACACCAUCGUGCACGUCCAUGAAGGCUACCUGGAGCAAGGUCUUAUGGUCAGAGAUUCGAAAAUGCUUAGAAGUCAUUAUUUAAAAUCAGAUUCCUGGAGGUAUGAUCUGGUAUCGCUGCUGCCAACUGACGUUGCCUAUUAUUGGUGGAAUCCUGGUACCUGCGAUUUUAAACGUUUGCCGUGCCCUGUUAUUGUGCGACUCAAUAGACUAUUUCGCCUGCCUCGAAUGUGGGAGUGGUUUGAUCGCACCGAAACCGCUACAAGUUAUCCGAACGCUUUUAGAAUAUGCAAGGUCGUUAUGGCGAUUCUUGUGCUAAUACACUGGAACGCCUGCCUCUAUUUCGCCAUCAGCUACGCUAUAGGUUUCGGAACGGAUAAUUGGGUGUACAAUCUCACCGGCGCCCGUAACGAGACCCUUGCUCAUCAGUACAUAUACAGUUUCUAUUGGUCCACUUUGACUCUUACAACGAUUGGAGAAACUCCGCAGCCAGAGAUAGAUGCGGAGUAUCUCUUCGUCGUUGCUGACUUCUUGGCCGGUGUACUUAUAUUUGCGACGAUUGUUGGAAACAUAGGCUCUAUGAUUUCUAACAUGAAUGUGGCAAGGGUCGAGUUCCAGAACAAGAUGGACGGUGUUAAACAGUAUAUGGCAUUCAGGAAGGUAAGCGGUGAACUGGAGGCCAGGGUGAUUAGGUGGUUCGCGUAUACUUGGGCCCAAAGCGGAGCUUUGGACGAAGAAAAUGUUCUGUCCUCUUUACCCGACAAGCUGAAAGCCGAAAUUGCUAUACGCGUUCACCUCGAUACCUUGCGUAAAGUGCGUAUAUUUCAAGAUUGCGAGCCAGGAUUGCUGGAAGCCUUGGUUUUAAAGUUGAGGCUUCAAGUCUUUAGUCCGGGCGAUUACAUCUGCAGAAAAGGUGACGUUGGCAAAGAGAUGUAUAUCGUUAAGCGUGGUAGACUUCAAGUAGUCGCUGACGAUGGGAAGACUGUUCUUGCCACACUUAGCGCCGGUUCGGUGUUUGGGGAAGUCAGUGUUUUAGAAAUAGCUGGUAACCGCACGGGAAAUCGAAGAACCGCAAACGUGCGUGCUCUUGGCUACUCGGAUCUAUUUUGUUUGGCAAAGAGAGAUCUUUGGGAAGCGCUCGCAGAUUAUCCUGACGCGCGGGCUACUCUCACUGAACGUGGAUGUCAAUUGUUGAGAAAGGAUGGGUUGCUUGAUGAGACUGUGUUUGAAAAUGCCCAAACAACUCAACUAAGUCUAGAGGAAACUGUGCAUAACCUGGAAACUACUAUUGAAAUGCUAAAUAAUCGUCUGCAAAGCCUCUUGACUGACGUUGGCCAAGAGCAGGCCAAGAUAAAGGAGAGAAUUAACAAACUGGAAGUUAGACUUAUCAAAUCCGGUGAUAUUGACUCUGAUUCGGAUGACACCUCGGCCGAUGGAUCAGAGCUCAGGAGUGAUGUGGCCCAAGUCUACGAUUCACGCUCCGGCCCACAGAUCAGCUCGCCGCAUUCCACUAUGGUGUACAUGAAACACCCAAUCCGUGAAAGAGGACACUCGCUAUGUGUCGAGAGGACACCUAGCCUGAUACAUCUCCCGCUAGAAGCACGGAGCAAAUCGCUGCGCAUCAAAAAAAAUCACCAGGAUGCUUCAAAG